AUGGGCCCAGACGAGCUGAAGGAAUGGCUCGGCGGCGAGGACUCUGCUGGUGCCGGAUGGUCUAAGGAUGAUGGCUCGGGUGAAACCAUCGGCCACGAGAGCGGUCGUAAGAUCAUUGAGAUCUUGGAGAAGAACCCGAACAAAGACCCCAGUAAAUACGAUGAGGACGAUAUUAGCCACAUGCGUAAAGUAGUGGCCUACAACAAGCGCCAUUUGGCCCAAGAAGGAAAGGCGAAGCAGGAUCCGGAAAGCAAGAGUGCUAAGUCUCUGAAGAACUGGGGCCAUGACCCCAGCAAUCUUAGAUGCAUACUGUACAAGAGCGAGCUGUUAUAUGACUGA